AUGACUUCCAUUAUAAAACUACAUACGAUUUCUGGUGCGAUGGAUGAGUCCCCUCCUUGCUAUAUACUUCAAAUUGAUGAAGUACGAAUCUUGCUCGAUUGUGGAUGGGAUGAAAAAUUCGAUCCGAAUCUUAUAAAAGAAUUAAAAAGACAUGUGCACACCAUUGACGCAGUGCUCUUGUCACAUCCGGACGUGUAUCAUUUGGGUGCUUUGCCCUAUCUUGUCGGCAAGCUUGGAAUGAACUGUCCCAUCUAUGCAACCAUACCAGUGUACAAAAUGGGUCAAAUGUUUAUGUACGACUUAUAUAUGUCGCAUUAUAAUAUGUAUGAUUUUGAUUUAUUUUCACUUGAUGAUGUGGAUGCUGCAUUCGAUAAAAUAAUACAAUUGAAAUACAAUCAAACGGUUUCACUUAAAGGAAAAGGUUAUGGCAUCACUGUAACACCACUACCUGCGGGUCAUAUGAUAGGUGGCACAAUAUGGAAAAUUUUAAAAAUUGGUGAAGAGGAUAUUGUCUAUGCAACAGAUUUCAAUCACAAGAAAGAACGUCACCUGAAUGGUUGUGAGUUGGAACGUUUACAAAGGCCGUCCUUACUUAUAACAGAUGCAUAUAAUGCACAAUAUCAACAAGCACGUCGACGAGCCCGUGAUGAAAAACUGAUGACAAAUAUCUUACAGACCGUACGAAAUAAUGGCAAUGUGCUGAUAGCAGUUGACACGGCCGGACGUGUGCUGGAAUUGGCGCAUAUGCUUGAUCAGCUUUGGAAAAAUAAAGAAUCUGGUCUUAUGGCUUACUCUUUGGCGAUGUUGAAUAAUGUCAGCUAUAAUGUAAUUGAAUUCGCUAAAUCACAAAUUGAAUGGAUGAGUGAUAAGUUAAUGAAAACUUUUGAGGGCGCACGGAAUAACCCAUUUCAAUUCCGGCACAUGCAGGUAUGCCAUAAUUUAGCAGAACUUUCAAAAAUGUCUAGUCCAAAGGUGGUGUUAGCUAGCACACCGGACUUGGAAAGUGGCUUUACGCGUGAGUUGUUUGUGCAAUGGGCAGCGAAUCCGCUCAAUAGUAUUAUAAUAACGUCCAGAACAUCACAAGGUACCUUGGCGAUGGAUUUAGUGGAGAAUGCUUCGGUAGGCAGGAAGCUAGAGCUGGACGUUCGUCGACGUGUUGAAUUAGAAGGCGCCGAGUUGGACGAGUAUCUGCGCACACAAGGCGAAAAGCUCAACCGUUUGAUAGUGAAACAAGAUGUAGAAGAAGAGAGCAGUUCUGAUUCGGAUGAUGACAUCGAAAUGAGUAUUAUCACCGGCAAGCAUGACAUCGUGGUGCGGCCUGAGGGUCGUCAUCACAGUGGUUUCUUUAAAUCCAGCAAAAAGCAUUACGCCAUGUUCCCUUUCCAUGAAGAAAAGAUCAAAUGCGAUGAAUACGGAGAAAUUAUUAAUUUAGAGGAUUAUCGCAUCUCGGAUAUUGGUUUUGAGGCAGCGACAGAUGAAAUUAACAAGGAAAACGUUAAGAAGGAAGAACCCAAAGAGAGUAAAGCAACUAAUAAUGAUGUUCAAUUGCUGGAAAAACCCACUAAAUGCACCAGUCAGCGGAAAACAAUUGAAGUCAAUGCACAAAUUCAACGCAUCGACUUUGAGGGCCGCUCAGAUGGUGAAUCCAUGCUUAAGAUUUUGUCCCAAUUACGUCCUCGACGUGUCAUAGUGGUACACGGCACGCAGGAUGCGACAAAUAUCGUUGCCAAACACUGCCAACAAAAUAUAGGCGCUAGAGUUUUUACACCACAGAAGGGUGAAACGAUUGAUGCCACCACCGAAUCGCAUAUCUACCAAGUACGUUUGACCGAGGGACUCGUGGCACAGCUGCAGUUCCAAAAGGGAAAAGACGCCGAGGUAGCUUGGGUUGAUGCACGAAUCGGCGUACGUACACAAGCCAUUGAUACAAGAGCACAGAGCGACGUUGAAAAUAUGGAAGUCGAGAUAUCGGAAGAUAAGACACUGACAUUGGAAACACUAGAGACAGACGAAAUACCCGUACACAAUGCGGUGUUAAUUAACGAACUGAAACUGUCAGACUUCAAGCAAGUUCUCAUGCGUAACAAUAUAAGUUCGGAGUUUUCUGGUGGUGUGUUGUGGUGUGCCAACGGUACCUUGGCGCUACGGCGUAUGGACACCGGUAAAGUGACUAUGGAGGGCUGUGUCUCGGAGGAAUAUUAUAAGAUUAGAGACUUACUUUAUGAACAAUAUGCUAUCGUUUAG